AGAGGCACCGAUGACGUCGGACCGUGCCUAACGGUCACCGACACAUGCGCGCGAGACUGGCCUCACCUAUAUUAGAUAUCAUUGAGCAAUGGCAAUGAAAUCACGUGUGGGUAUGAUAGAAAAAUUGUAAACAGAACCGUAACAAUAGCAAGCUGAAGCGUUGGAGUUAAAGAGAAGAUUAUUGAAAAUAAGUGAUUAAAUCUUGUUUGAAGCUUAAAAUAAAUUCGGGCAAAUUGAAGAAGGGGAUAAUUUGUUCCAGGCCAAAAAUAGAUUGCAGUGGACCCUAGCAGACACUGAACUUUAGUUGCGAGGGAAACUAUCCAUUUUUGAGCUGUUGUGAACCGCACCCUGCUACAAAAAUAGUUUUCAACUGAUCCGAAUAUCCUCAAAAAUGGAUAAACAGUUGCCAGGGGACGGAUCUAACCUCACCGAUGACAAGACGGCGUACAACUGUGCGAUAUGUAGUCGUCCGGAUAACGACGAGGAUCAUAUGGUGUUCUGCGAGGGUUGCAAGGUAUGGCUACAUUUCAGCUGUGCCGGUGUAGGAUCAGAGGUCGAGUAUGACGAGAACUGGCGAUGCUCUUCGUGCCGUGAAUUUGACCCGACUAAGUCGAGUGACGAGGAAAGCGAUGCUGAAGGUGCUAUCUCUGUGGAUGAUACGAUUGAUGGAGCUAGAAAAAGCAGUGCCCAAAACCCCCAAACUGUCUCGGAAGACGAAGAGGUUGCCGCGGCAAUAAAGAGGAUGAAGAUGGAGAAGGAGCGUAUGAAGAGACGGAUGGAGCAGAAGCUGGCGCUGGCUAAGGCCCAAAUGGAACUCGAGAACGAGAAGCUUGAGAUGGAGUGGGCCUUGGAGAAGCAAAUCAUGGAGAUGAAGAUUGCAUCGAAGGCGGCUUUCCAGAAGAAGAGGGAGAUGGAAAAGAAGAAGUUGCAGAAUCAGCUUCAGGAACUGUGUAACGGUGAAGUGCGGAUGGAAUCAGAGAUCCGGAAGCUGGAGAAGCAAAAGGAAGAAGCGAAACGAUCGGUAGCGGAUAAGAAGGGAACGAGAACUAAACCGGAAGAAAUACCGACAAGGCCGGUGAGUUCCACUCCGAUAGUGCAUCCAGAAGCAAGUACGUCCACAGCUGGGGCGAAGAAGAAGAUCGUCGAUCGACAGGACUUGGUAGUACCAGUUGAGAAAAAGAAGUUCUGUGGCAAUGCGAAAAAAGAAGAAAAUGUGUCCAAAGAAGAAAGUGAGAGUUGUGAAGAGAGCUCACAAGCGGAUUCGCUGAGCGCGAAUCAGAGCGGAUCGUCUAGCGAAACAACGACCGAUGAAGAGGAAGAACAGAAGGACAAGAAGAAGCGACAUCGGAAGGAAAAAAUGGUCCCAACGAAAGCACAAAUAUCAGCGAGGCAGUUUCUAUCGCGAAAGCUGCCAAUAUUCACCGGCCGGCCAGACGAAUGGCCUAUAUUUAUUAGCAGCUUUAAUACGACGACCAGAGCUUGCGGGUUUUCAAACCUUGAAAACCUGGCACGAUUGCAGGAGAGCUUGAAAGGCCCUGCGAGAGAGGCGGUGUGCAGUAGGAUGUUGUUGCCAGAAGCGGUCCCUCAAAUCAUUGACACGCUGCGGAUGUUAUACGGGCGGCCGGAACAACUGCUCAACACACUACUAGCGAAGGUACGGAAAGCGGAACCUCCGAAGGCAGACCGGUUAGAAUCGUUCAUCAGCUUUGGGAUGGUGGUUCAACAGUUGUGUGAUCACCUCGAAGCGACGCAACUGAAUGAUCACCUAGUGAACCCACUGUUGAUACAAGAACUGGUCGAGAAGCUACCACCGUCGACAAAAAUGGAUUGGGUCCGAGUGAAGCGGCAGCACACCAAGAUCACCCUGCGUACGCUGUCUGAUUUCCUGUCGGAUCAGGUGUCUACGGCAAGUGAGGCGACUGGGAUAGUUGAUGUACCGCAGAAUCCAGUAAAUCGUCCCGGGAAGUCCAAAGGAGGGAAGCAAAGAGAGUACGAGAGUCAUACCAACACGCACAUCGAUGAUUCGUCGAAGAGACCAGAACAGCCAAGAACGCCCUGUCCGGUGUGUCGUCGCACUGAUCAUAGACUGAGGAACUGUGAUGAGUUUCGUAAGAUGAACGUUCAUCAACGUCUGCAAGUCGUGGAUCGAUUCGAGCUGUGCCCGUCCUGCUUGAAUGCUCACGGGAAAAGCCGAUGCAAGGCGAAUAUCCGGUGCAAAUUUGAGAGGUGCCAAGGCCAACACAACACAAUGCUGCAUCGUACGGUGUCGGAAAUGCGUUCGGAUUGCAACGCCCACAGUGCGACUGUGCAGUUGCCAAUCAUCUUUAGAAUGAUUCCGGUAACGCUGAGCUUCGGGAAAAGAUCAGUCACUACUAUGGCAUUUCUCGACGAAGGUAGCUCUUACUCGUUGAUUGAACAUUCCGUUGCAAAUCAAUUGAAAGCGGUUGGAAAGCCGCAACCGCUACGAGUAACUUGGACAGCAGGAAUGAGUAGACUGGAACGAGAUUCGGUGCUGCUGAAUCUGGACAUUUCCGCCGUCGGAUCACAGGAAACGUUUCCGAUGAACAAUGUCCACACCGUCGAACAACUCAAGUUGCCCAAGCAGUCGUUAAACUACCGUGAACUAGCCGAACGAUAUGGCCAUCUUCGACAUCUUCCGUUGAUUGAAUACCCGAGUGAUUCACCGAAGAUCUUGAUAGGUUUGAAGCACCUAGAUCUGUUCGCUCCUAUUGAAUCGCGUGUCGGACAAAGCGGAGAGCCGAUUGCAAUCAGGUCUAAGCUUGGAUGGACGGUGUACGGUCCACAAGAAGGAGGUAGUCUGCGUACAGCAUACGUUGGCCAUCAUUCAUGCACUGGUAUAUCGAACCAGGGAUUGCAUGAUCUUCUAAAGUCGCACUACGUAUUAGAAGAGGCUGGAGUUUCGGUAGAAGUGCUUCCGGAGUCAGCGGAAAAUCGACGAGCCCGUGAAAUACUAGAGAGAACAACAAAGAGAGUAGGAGACAGAUUCAUCACGGGAUUGUUAUGGAAAGAGGAAGAUCCGUCGCUACCGGAUAGCUACCCGAUGGCGGCACGCCGCAUGAGGACUUUGGAGAAACGCUUGUCCCAAAUGCCAGUACUAAAGCAAAACGUCGAGAAUCAGCUGAUCGAGUACCAAACAAAAGGAUACUGCCACGAAGCAACGGUCGACGAGUUGAGGAAUACUAGCCAGAAGAAGAUCUGGUACUUGCCUCUAAAUGUUGUCAUCAACCCGAAGAAGCCGAACAAAGUUCGUCUGGUUUGGGACGCCGCGGCUGCUGUAGGAGGCGUCUCGCUGAAUUCGAAGCUCUUGAAAGGUCCAGACUUCCGGGAACAUCGUAUCGGAUUCGGUGGAGAUAUCCGAGAGAUGUUCCACCAGUUGCAAAUCCGCCAGGAAGACAAGCAAGCUCUACGGUUCAUGUAUGGCGGAAAAAUCUACGUGAUGGACUGCGCGAUUUUUGGAGCGACCUGUUCACCAAGCCAGGCAUUGUACGUGAAGGACCGAAAUGCCAGUGAAUUUAUGAAUCGUUACCCGGCUGCAGUCGAUGCGAUCGUAAAAAGACAUUAUGUGGACGAUUACUUCGACAGUACAGAAACCGUCGAAGAAGCGGUGCAAAAGGCCAGCGAAGUUCGAUUCAUCCAUUCGAAGGGAGGCUUCGAAAUCCGGAAUUGGGUUUCGAACUCCACCGAAGUCCUUCAACAGCUAGGUGAGUCGAAAACGAACCAAAUUGUCUACUUCAAUACUGACAAAUCCACCGGGAAUGAGCGGGUUCUGGGCAUCGUCUGGGACUCUCAGGCUGAUGUAUUCACAUUUGCGAUGAAGCUGCCGGAAAAUCUUCAGACUGGAGGCAUAACGCUGGACUACGAUUCGUUGGAGCUACACGUCUUUGUAGAUGCCAGUGAAGGAGCGUAUGGCUGUGUAGCAUAUUUCCGUAUGCUGGUGGAUGGACUUCCUCGGUGUUCUCUGGUACAAGCCAGGUCGAAGGUGGCACCGCUUAGACAGUAUUCAACACCUCGGUUGGAGCUGAUGGCAGCGGUAUUGGGUGCAAAGAUGGCAGAAACAAUACGAGAGAACCAUAGUCUUCGAGUGAAACGUGUGCAAUUUUGGACCGAUUCGAGUACAGUGUAUUCCUGGAUCGUGUCAGAUCACCGCCGAUACAAGGUGUUCGUAGCAUACAGAAUUGGCGAAAUCCUGAGCAAGACAAGUCCAUCGGAUUGGCGAUGGGUGCGCACAAAACUAAACAUAGCAGAUGACCUGACGAAGUGGAAGGAUGGAACGAAAAUCGAAUCCGAUGGGCAAUGGUUCACCGGGCCUAAAUACCUGUACGAGAGUGAAGAUAAGUGGCCUAGACCAGAGCUCCCCCGACCAAACGUUGGUGAAGAGCUUCGAGCAAGCUGUCUAUUCCACAACACGGAGAGCGCAGAAGCGUUGAUCGAUUGCACUAGAAUCUCCAAGUGGAAUGUAUUAGUCCGAACGAUGGCUUGUGUCCUACGGUUCAUCUCCAACAUCCGCCGGAAACAGCAAGGAUUGUCGAUCGAGCUGCUACCAGUGGACUUAGCAGUUCGGAAGGUGCGAAGGUCGGCCGUGGUCGAGCGGUCGUUUUCACGAGAAGAAUACCAACAUGCGGAGCGCCAUCUGUGGAGAAUGGCACAAGAGGAAUCAUAUCCUGACGAGGUGAAGAUUCUACGAAGAUGCAGAGAAGGAAAGCAGGGCAAGAUUGAGAGGUCUAGCAUGCUGUUGAAGUUGUCUCCGGUAUUAGAUGAAGAUAACGUGCUGCGGAUGGACGGUAGGGUGCAAGAAGGUGAAUUUGUCCCAUUUGAGCUGCAGUUUCCAGUGAUUUUGCCGAGAAAGCACCCUAUAACGACCAAAUUGAUCGAAUAUUACCACCAGAUGUUUGGGCAUGCCAAUAGGGAGACGGUAGUCAAUCAGCUAAGACAGCGUUUCUAUAUCCCUGCCGUUCGCAGAGAGGUAGAAAGAAUUGCUCGAGAAUGUGUUUGGUGCAGGGUGCACAAGUGUAAGCCAGUGGUUCCUCGCAUGGCGCCACUCCCAGUGCAAAGAACAACGCCGUUUAUGCGCCCAUUCAGCUACACCGGAGUGGACUUUUUUGGUCCGAUCAAUGUCGUCGUUGGGCGGCAUAAGGAAAAGCGUUGGUGCGCGUUGUUUACGUGCUUCGGAACAAGAGCCAUACAUCUGGAAAUAGUUCACAGCUUAUCCACACCAGCGUGUCUGAUGGCUAUACGAAGAUUUGUCUGUCGGCGAGGAGUUCCAGUAGAGUUCUUUUCCGACAAUGGAACUAAUUUCGUCGGAGCAAGCAAGAUAGUGGUAAAGAAGAUAGAAGCCGAUUGUUCGGAGGCGUUGACGAGCUCGCGGACGCGGUGGAACUUUAAUCCUCCCUCGGCACCGCACUUCGGCGGCGUAUGGGAACGGCUAGUUCGGUCGGUAAAGAAGGCUAUGGAGGUUUUGGACGAUGGACGUAAGCUGACUGACGAAGUAUUGUUAACUACAUUGGCUGAGGCAGAGGAUUUAGUUAAUUCUCGACCACUAACGUACGUCCCUCAAGAGCCAGGUAACAGCGGAUCCAUUACGCCAAAUAGUUUCCUGAAAGGGCUUCCAAUGGGAGAGACUGAAUGCGGAAUACCACCAACCAGUGAAGCUGAGGCCUUACGAGACAGCCACAAAAGAGCACAGAUGCUUGCAGAUCGGUUAUGGAAGCGAUGGCUGGUCGAAUAUCUACCGCAUAUCAACCGACGUACAAAGUGGCACGAAGAACAACCGACGUUGGAAGUUGGCGAGAUUGUGUAUGUUGCCGAUGAUGACAACAGGAAGUGCUGGGUACGAGCAAUCGUUGAAGAAGUGAAACCAGGAACCGACGGAAGGAUCAGACAAGCACUAGUCCGAACGACCAAGGGAACCUACAGACGCCCUGUGGCAAAACUUGCGGUGCCUGAGAUACGAUGGCGUAAAUCUGGCUACGGUGGAGAACCUACUCCAGUGUUACGGGGAGGGGCUGUAGAGGCACCGAUGACGUCGGACCGUGCCUAA